AGUGACCACCCGGAAUGGCCUGCAAACAAUGCUAUCCAGCCAGGCCAGCAGCCAAAUGCCCAAUCGGAUGAUACCAGCUUCCAUUACUGGAAGCGUGCCGAGAGUCAUCCCAACUGGCCUGCAAACAAUGCUAUCCAGCCCGGCCAGCAGCCAAAUGCCCAAUCGGAUGAUACCAGCUUCCAUUACUGGUAA